GGCAAAGCAGAGGAACAGCCAGAGGAGCCAGUUAAAUCCCCUGAACCAGAAAGUGAAGAGAGCGACUUAGAAAUUGACAACGAAGGAGUGAUUGAACCAGACAAUGAUGAUCCUCAAGAAAUGGGAGAUGAAAAUGUGGAGGUAACUGAAGAGAUGGUGGAUCAAGCUAAUGAGAAGAAGAUUGAAGCAAUAAAUGCUCUAAGUGAAGGUGAACUUCAGAAGGCUGUCGACUUGUUCACAGAUGCUAUCAAGCUGAAUCCUUGUUUGGCCAUCUUGUAUGCCAAGAGGGCGAGUGUUUUUGUGAAACUACAGAAGCCAAAUGCCGCCAUUAGAGAUUGUGACAGAGCCAUCAAGAUUAAUCCUGACUCGGCACAGACCUACAAGUGGAGGGGGAAAGCACACAGACUUCUGGGUCACUGGGAGGAGGCUGCUCAUGAUCUUGCAUUGGCUUGUAAACUGGAUUAUGAUGAAGAUGCUAGUGCCAUGCUGAAGGAGGUGCAACCAAGAGCUCAGAAAAUUGCUGAACAUCGCCGAAAAUACGAGCGGAAGCGUGAAGAAAAGGAAAUCAAGGAAAGAAUGAAAAGAGUGAAGAAGGCACGGGAGGAGCAUGAGAAAGCACAAAGGGAGGAAGAAGCAAGACGACAGGCAGGAGGAGCUCAGUUUGGUGGUUUCCCUGGUGGCUUCCCAGGUGGAUUUCCCGGGGCUAUGCCUGGAGGUAUGCCAGGAAUGGCGGGUAUGCCAGGUCUCAAUGAGAUUCUCAGUGAUCCUGAAGUCCUUGCGGCCAUGCAGGAUCCAGAAGUUAUGGCUGCGUUCCAAGAUGUUGCCCAGAACCCAGCAAAUAUGUCCAAGUACCAGAACAAUCCCAAGGUCAUGAAUCUCAUCGGUAAAUUGUCUGCCAAAUUUGGCAGUAAACCAUAAUAUCCCUGGUCCUUAAAAAUCAUAUCUGAAUGGGAAGGAUUGGAUUUGGCUAACCAGUGUUGCAAUAAAACAAACCAUUGUACCUCUGAUCUUCUUAAGAGAAAUAGGGUGUUCUAAGGAGAACUCUGGCCCAAGUGUUGACUUUAUUUAGUGAUUGGUUUAUAGCACUCAAAUUAUAUUCAGGUGACGUAGUUGAAACCAUCCCUUCUUGUCCAAGAGUUGCAACCUUUUAUUAUAAGUAUUACAGACAGUUUCCUUUAAAUGAACACUCCUGUAAGAAAUCAUAGUAUUUCAGGAGUGUAAGAUAAAAACCUGUU